UUCAAGAUGUCUGUUGAUCUGUUGUUUUGCAUUAGUUUGUUUGUGCCUUUAUCUUGUUCUUGUUGAACGUUUGAUUUGAUUCGAUUUACAAUUUUGUGCUGAGACUAACAUCAAAAUGGGGACACGUGCAGCUGCAUUUACAGCAAAAAUAAAAAGCCUAUAUGAUUACCAGCUGAGAUUGUUACAUGGGAUAAUGCCUUCACCAUCCGGUUUUGAUAUUGCAAACACUGUUAAAUAUUUUUCUCAAACUUUACUUGCUGUGUUGAAGGAUGUCACAAGUAGUCCUCUACAAAUGUUAAAAAAGCCAGAAAUGGAUUCGGUUCGAAUGGGACAAUUUCCAAAUUUGGAUUAUAAAGGACUUUAUAAUUCAUUAGUACCAUUUGUAGAAGUCACACCAUUAUUACAAACAGGAGUUCAUGAGUUUGGACAAGCAAUUUUACAAUGUUUGGGUUGUCUUUUACCAUUUUUGGACUAUGAUUUAAUCGAUAAUCUUCCAUUCCUAACAGCUUCGUUUAUCACAGUAUUCCCAACGACGCUACACCAAGAAAUUAUAAAUCUUCUUUGCUAUUACAUUCUUCCGUUUACAAUCACUCGAUAUCCCGACAGCGAAAAAGACAAUUACGUAUGCCAUUCGUUACCUGGGAUCAUAAUGAUUGUAUUUCAAUAUUCCAAAGACCCAGCACAUCAUUGUCAAAUUUUAGAAUGUUUGAUGGGUUUACGUUCGGGUAUUCUUAAAGAUUUGCUGUGUGUGGUCGCAUACGGUGCAUCGGAAGCACGUGCGCAUGCUGUUAAAUUAAUAUUUUAUUAUUGGCCAGCAUUCGAUACAAACUUAUUCGAUAAACGUGACCUUUUAAGUAAGUUUGCGAGCAAUCGAACACCAUUUGUGUGCCAACGUGAGAACUGUCCAAAUGCUGGCAAUGUGGAAGCAGCCAAGGUUUGUUAUGAUCACACGAUUGCCAUUACGUACGCCCCAGAUUGUCCUCCACCUUUGUAUUUGUGCAUCGAAUGUGCCAAUGAAAUCCACAGGGAACAUCCCAAUCAACAGUUCUUUGACAUACUACACAUGAUGCAGCAAGUAUCCAUGAUUUGCGAAAAUAAGAAUUGUCGAGCCAAUGAUAAAUCUGCAUAUUCUAUUUGUUUUUCCACGGAAUGUGCUAGUUAUAAUGGAAAUCAUCCAAUUCGAUACUGUCAACAAUGCCACAAUAAUCGGCAUAACAAUCAUCGCGGUGGAGAUCAUAUUGUUCAUAAAAGUUUGCCAUUAACUUGGAGUAUGGAUUCAGAAAUGCAAAAUUAUAUGCUUGAAGCAAUUAUUAGUUUACUACGCGAAGCUCAAAUGCCAAAAGUAAACGCCAACGAUUCAUCGGUUCAAGUGUCUUUUAGUUACGAAGAUCGACAAUUAUUGGGACGUUAUGGAGUCUGGCUACUUGUUGGUCGAUGUAUUCCAAAAUCAGAUUCUCCCGCACACAUAUUAGGCCGUCUUCUAUCCAUGCUCUUCCAUUGGUUUCACACAACUUCGAUCUCCACGGAUGCAAACGAAGUGGAAACAUUUCUAGAGAAAUUAAAAACUGAACACGUUUUUAAUUGGCUGAAAGAUGUAUGCGCCAAUCAUUAUAAAGUAUUCAUAUCAUGUCUGUUGCCCCAUCCGCCUGAAUACGCUCGUGUCGGUGGUCAUUGGGAUGCGUUGGCCUCACGAACGUCACAUAUAAAAGAUGGCUUGAAUCGAUUAUUUUGUUUGGUUCCCUAUCAAGUAGUCACUUCUGAAAUAUGGGAUCAUAUAAUGCCCUACUGGAUGGAAGCGAUUGUUAGCGAUGUGCCAGAAAAAGAACUAUUCGAAUUAAAAGUGAUUUUAAAUAAAAUUUUGGAUAUUGAGAUAAAUCCAUUGAAGUUUGAUGCAGAACGCUUGUAUCGAUUUAUUACGGUACGAUUUGAGAAAACAACCGCUAAAGUACAAGAGCAGGCUUUGCAUUGGUUGCAAAUGUUGACAAUAAUUGAAGUUACGAUACCGUUAAAUUUGUUAUUUUCGAUGUUUGGAAGUGGUAUCAAAAUAAUGCGCAAUCAAAGUGAAAAUACAGGAGAAAUUUUGGCAACAAGUACAAUAAAACAAGUCGUCGACAAUUUAAAUGGUAAUGCUAGGCGUUAUUCGAUAUCUUUGGUUCGAGAAGAUAACAAGUCAGAGAACACAUCGUUGUCAGAGGACGAAGCUCCAACUGGUCGUAAUCGUGAAUUUGAAACGGAUGCCGAAUAUAAUUUAUCAUGUUGCAUUCAUAUGCUUGAUGUUCUUCUAAAUCAGUUGGAGUUACAAGGCGUCGAUAAACAUGGUGGAGUAAACACGUCUUUAUGUAAAAACGUGUGUCGACUUCUGAAAGACAUGGUGGCUGUUGGGUGGACUCACGUGUGUCCAAUCAUAACUGCUUCCAAAGUGGAAUGUGGAUUUUGUGAGUCAAACGUGAUUUGGCAUCAGCUAUCUUUACAAUUAAUCAAGUACUUGUCCCCAACACACACUGCACAUCCCCCAGACGUGUACUUGGAAGAAGCCCCCGAUGAUAGCCACAAUCAUCGCGCAGUACAAGAUAGUGAGAAGAAAGACAGUAAAUCGGAUGUUGUGAUAAAUAUGCCGAUUAUUCCAGAUUCCGUAGGCGGCGUUCUUGUCCACAUGCCUCACGUAUGUUCCCUCGUCUACGGAGGAAACAUAAUGACUGCAACUGUUGAAACGGUUUCCGAACAAUUAGAUUUAACAGCGAUUAUACCUUCAGAAAAAGUUGUAUCUGCAGUUGCUAGAUCCAUUACGUUAUCCGAAACGGAUGUUGCUACGGCCACAGUACAAAUUGCCCAACCACAAGUGAUUGACGAUUCAGAGAAAUCAAUUGAUGACGAUUUAGAUGAUUAUUGGCACACAUCUGUAGGAAAGUUUCGUUUUAAUAUCGAUGAACUUCCAGAACAAUUGCAAUACAUUUAUCAAUUAUUAAAAGAACUUCCAAAAACCGAAAAACCGGAUAUUUUAUAUUAUAUCUUACAAUGUUUACAUAUUUUAUGUUUAUAUGGGGAUGCGUUCACCAAGGCCGCCAAAAAUCAUUUUGGUUUUUUUAUUUGGUGCCAAGAAAAUAUUUUAAUUAAAAAUUUAUGGGAAAUUUGCAAUGCAGAACAUUCGCAUAUUUGUGAAGUGUGUGUCCCGUUAUUGUUGCAUUGUGUGACCUUACCUGUCGGCUCAGAUGUAUUUUGGACGGUAAUACAAGAGGAAUUUCAUAGUCCUGAUUGGAGAGUACGAUUUGUAGCUGUGGAACGAGUAACAAUAAUCGCCAGAUUUAUGGAUAGUACGCCGUUACGAGGUGUUCUCCCUUUACAAGCUGCCUUAGCUAAUGCAUUUUGUUAUUUAAUAUCAAGUAUGGAUGAUCCCAACGUGUAUGUCGCUCAAAGAGCAACUUUAUACCUUGGAACAAUUCAUGAUUCAGCCAUAAGAGCAUUAAUUUUAUGUCUGGAAACUCAAUUUGAUUCAGUGAUUGUAGAUCGGCCAAUGGUUUUACAAUCAUUGUAUCAACUGCACAACUCAUUGAGUGAUCGGAAAAUAUUAACAUGGGAAUUCUUUUUAAAUCGUUUUGACGCCUUAUUUUUGGAAGCGCAAAUCAAUUUAGAAAAAAUGGGUGAAUUAUCAUAUUUAAGGGGAAUAUCAGAUUUGAGGAACACAGAUUUAAAUAGCGAAAUAUUUCUGAGAAAAUGGCAGCGCGCACAAGAGGCAUUAUCGCAGUCGGAUGGUAGUGCUACAAAUUCGGUGAAAACUUUGAGCGCAAGUUUUGGACAAAAAUGGCCAUAUAAACGUACAAUGUCUGCACCUGCUUCAUUUAUACCAAGACAGGAUACUAAGCAAGAAAAAGAAAAAAUUUAUAGCCGUCAAUAUUCAGCUCCAAUUUUGAAACGACGCACAUCCAGAUUUGGCUUGGGUCAGUUUGCUGCCAGAUAUCCAACCAUUGACAGUAUAGCAGAUGGACACAUACAUUCGUUAAAUGUGGCCGAAGAUCCAAAUAUUGCUGGAUUCUUACACAGAGUUAUUGAUUUUGGAGAAUCUGAUCAAGAAACAAUGCAUUUAUUAAUAUUUUUAUUGAUGCAAUUUUUAUCACGCACUGAUCAAGCAUUUCCGUGCGAUGAAAAAUCAUCUUCCAAAACACAGACAAUCGUUUUAAAACAUCUCUACUUAUUAUUAGGUUACAAUAAAAAUGAGAAAGCAUUCUGUAUUUCGUCAUCACGUCUCAGGUUGUCACCUGUAUUCAAUGCAUUCUUAUCAAAUCUGCCACAAUUAUUGGAUCAAAAUAAUUUAAUCGGAUCUGAAUUGUUACCAGUAGCCUUAAUGUUAUUACAGUAUUGUCCAUGUCCUUAUCAACAACCAUCCAAUAACACGGCAUUGUACGAGUUGACAAUUACAGAUAGUUCGCCAACAUAUAGUUUAUGGUUUUUGGAAUCACAUUUAAGGCAUAGUUGGCUCAUGUCUUUAUUGGUCCUGCUUUAUAAGUAUCAGUAUAGUCAACAACCAGAUAGUAUUCAGUUACAAAUUUUGGUAAAAAUUGUACUGAAAACUCUUGAUUCGCAAAAUCAUCAUUGUCGUAGAAUUCCAGCAACAGUGGUCAUGUCUAAUUCCACAUUUCGGUCACGAGAUGUAAGUCAACCAUCUUUGGGCCAAGAGGAUCAUGUUGAAUUUUUAGAGUCACCGCCUUUGUCGCCUUUAUCCACUGGUAAAUUAAGUAAAAACUCAACAGUUGGUUUAAUAACAGAGGGCAGUGGUUGGAGCAGCCGUGAUCGGGAUCGUGACGCAAAUAAAAUGAUUGUUAAUCGUUUUCAAACGUCCAUAAAUGCCAGUAGUCAAGAGAGUCAAGAAAUCGAGAGUGAAUUAAUGGCAAUACCAGAAUUAGAAAGCUACACAACGAGUAAUGAAAUCGAUAAAUGGGUAUCCUCGAAAUAUCUAACAUCUCGUGUUGUUAGAAAGCCUCAAUGGUUCAUUGGAUCAGAAGAGAACUCCAUUUCGGGUUCAACACCAUCGAUAAAGAAGUGUAUGAAGCAAUUUGUAAUGAGUAAACACGACCAUACUGAGAAAGGUAGCGAUAGUGGAAUGUGGUCAAAGAAACGAUGUUCGUCAGGUUCAACGGAUAUUGUAAAUGCAAUGGCAUCAGCGGUUGUCUUAGGCGAAGCGGCUUUUAAACACUCACAGACUCAAAAGACAUUCACAAUACAAUCGAACAUCAGUUCGGACUCGGAACUAUCAGAACAAACGGAUAUCACUCGUCAAAAGAAUCAAAAAUACGUGACGAAUCAAGAAAUCAAAAAUAAAGAAUUAUCAUCUGUAUAUAAAUCGUAUAUUAGUUCACCGAUCACGAUACCGAUCACGAAUAUAUUGCCCCCUCCUUUAGAGAGGCUUCUGCCUAUUGGAGAAGCGCGAUCCUCAUCAGGUCAAAAAACAUUUAGACUUGAAGAGUUUGAAGGCUCACCUGAAUCACCCCUAUCCAAAAUGAAUAUCAUGACAUUGGAAUCUCCAGAUGAAGGUGAAAAUAGUGAUUUCUCGUUACGACAGUGUAUCCCAAUAUCAAAAUUGGAAAUCCCAAAACAGGAACGUUUAUUACCUAUUGGUCACACACAAAUUACAAACGAUGAGGGAAAUGUUAAAGAAUUAGUGGAAAAAUUACGAGAAGCUUUAGGCGUUAUGAAUGCUGUUCAUCAAACUGUGGGUCAGAGUGUUGAUCGUGAUCGUGAUCGUGAUUACUCUCAAACGAAUAAAGAUGCUUACAAAAUGACUCCCCAGUUUGGUGAUACUUCAUCACGCAGCACGAGUCCAAGGCGUUUGAUCAAACAAGUAGCUUUAGAAUCGCCACCACCUAUACACUGGGAUUCAGUUGAUCGUGAAAAUAUGUUUUCCACAGAUACGGAUAAACGUAGUCCAUUUUCUGAAAAAUCAGAAAGUUUCCCAAGACCUCGUGGCAAAAAAUCAUCUAUGUACUCAUUUGGAACAUCAAGACCGGAUACAUUAUUUGACAAUCAGUAUGAUAAUAUGCUCUACAGUACAAUUGAUAUGAAAAAUACAUGCUUCCGGAUUGGGGAUGAAUCAGUUAUUGAUCGGUGCGCUGAAUGUGGAACGAUCACCGAAAGUUACAGUGACGAAGAAUUAGGUCUUUGUAUUAUAAUUUUAGGAACGUUUAUUCAUAGAGAACCAGCCUUAGCAGCCCCACUUCUUCCAGACAUCCUUAGCAUUGUAGCCAAAGUAGCCUUAAACGCAAUUUACCCCUGGCAAUGCGAAACAAAUGUUUAUUUGCCUGGAGGUGCAAUUAGUGUAGCUCAUCAAUUUUUACGGUGUGUCUUGCACCAAUUAGCCCCAAAUGGUGUAUUCGUUCAAAUGUUUCAGACAAAAUCAAAUGAGGCCACAAAAACAUUAUUCUUUCGAAGUGUUGCUCAAGCUUUACUUGAUUUUACCGAAUUAAAUCCAAUUAUUCCUCUGCAGUUAUUACUUGAGGGUUUAAAUUCGAAAAAAACAUUACCAAUGGAUAUUCUUCCAUUAAUAAUUGGAAACAUGGCAAUCUAUUUGGAUUGUUUGCCGGUGGAUGUGAGUGGCACAACAAUUGCAAUGUGGACGGCAUUGUUAACUCAAGUGGAAAUAUUUUUUCGACGUAUUGUAUUAAUUUUAUCGAAUUUGGGUGAUUUAGUACCCUUGUUACGAAUUAUGAUUGCAAUUUUAAAAAUGCCAAAUGCAAAUCAAUUUAAAGGAUUACUGGAUCCAUUUUCGAAAAUUUUAAGUGCUGCUAUUGAACAUCAACCAAUCGAGUAUCAUUUUGUGGCUGAUUUAUGUUACUUGUGCAAUCGAAACUUUAGUAAAGAGCGAGAUAAGUUAAUUCUAUGCCGUAUGGUUGUGUUUCAAUUUAUUCAAGCGAUCAAGUUUAAAAUUACGAUACCUGAUUCCAAUUUUUUACUCUUAAUUACUUUUAUUUUACAUGAUGCUGGAGGAUCGUUGCCUGCGAAUAUAACUCAGAACAGUUGUUCGUUUAGCAGUGACAUAGGACCAAUUUAUAAUAUCAAUAUAUCAGAUUGCAUCAAGCAACAUAUUAACGAUAUCCUGGAAUUUUUGAUGGAUUUCCAUACUUUAACUAAAUUAAAGACAAGUUGUAAGCAAGGAAACAUACCGCUGAACGAAGAUACUUUAGGUGGUACCUUAAAAAGUGCCGUAGCACAAUAUUUAGCAUUAGAAAUCACACAUAACAGUAGUCGUGACAAUCGUGCAGUUGGACGCUACUUGCCCUGGCUGUACAGUGCACCGUCUGCGUUACAACAAGGACAACGCGACUUCAUCGAAUGGGUCGGUCAUAUUCGACUACUGUCCUGGUUAUUAUUAGGUUCCUUAACGCACACAGCCAUCUAUGGCAAUACAACGAACAAUAUGAAUCAUGCCACUAUUUCAAUAAUAUGUCAGCCCAUCCCUCAAGAGGCCUCCUGUCACAUAGCUGACCAUAUUCAAGUGAUCAUGGGUGGAUUUGCUGAACAAUCAAAACUUUCUGUGUUGCAUAUGUCAUCACUGUUUCAUGCAUUCAUUCUGUGCCAGUUGUGGACAGUCUAUUUAGAACAAAAUUUGUGCCAAAAUUUACCAAUAUCGGAGGCAUAUAAUGUUACAAUGGGAAUUUUAUUCGAUUUUUGGGGUAAAGUAACUCCAUGCAUCUUACAAUUGGUCUCAUUUUCCAAAGUGUUGGCAGAAAUGGUAAAUUUACACUUUUUAAGCAUGCUUGAAGCCCUACUAGAAUGCCAAUCGACAUUUUUGAGUAAACUGUUACCAUUAUGGACCCCUGUGCUGUAUUCUCACCAUAUUCAUUUGCCUGGUAAUUUACAACUACGUUUACAAAAUUGUCGAAAUUUUUCACCGAUUUUAAACCCAUCAAUAAUAUCACCAGAAAAACAUAAACCGACUGCCCAUAAUGCUGUGUUAUUACAAUGGUUACAACGAUUACAAUUCAAAAUGGGACAGAUUGAGUUACAAUCAUCCAAUGCAACUCAAUUCUAUAGUUUUUGA